UGCUCCUCCCCGCGGCGCGCCGGGCGGCUCCGCCAUGGCUGCCCUGGCGGCCCUUUCAAACGCGGCAGCCGGCAGUGGGCAGUCCUGACUGGCUUUGUGCAGCAAAAAUCCUUGGGAAAUCUAUUGCACCUGCUUCUCUGAGCAAAAGUGUCUGGGAAUUCUCCAAGGUUUUAACCUCAAGAGGAUUACAGAUGUUAUUCUAUCAUGCAAAGGCAGUAUCUUAAAAUGACAAGCAAAAUCAAGCUGUUUAGAGCCUACAUAUAAUUAUUGAGAUUAAAGUACAAUAUAAAAUGGAAAUAUUAUUUUCAUGCUUCUGAGGUAAUGGGAAUAAAUAUAUAAUUAAUUUGGGACUAUGAUAAUGAUUGUUCAGCUGUAAAGAACAAAGGAAAACUGAGGUGGAGUGACUGUUUGAAGUUGCAAGUGUCUCAGAACUGACAGUAAAAAGUCACCUGGGAAGCUAAUAAGUCAGUGGAACAGCAGAGAAGUGUUGACCUGUUACUGACCGUGACGAUUGCUACAAGAAGGUGUUUUGCAAGCAAGAUGUCAUCUCUACCAAGGAGGGUGAAAUCUGAAGCCAAAGCUGUUACAGCAAAAGAUGAUGAACUACCCUCACUUUUCAAUUCGAGCUCUGAAUCAGAGGAGGAAGAGGAGGAAUGGAAGCCAAAAAGCAAAAUGGCCAAGAGACCCCGGUUGCCAAAUAAAAAUGAGGCAAAAACUAAAAAAGUUGCUGCUUCACGGUCAGCUGUGGCCAGGAAAAAGGUCAGGAAGGUAGCAAUAAAAGAGGAAAUGGAUGUAUCCUUGCCUAUUGGUCCUGCAGAAGAUAAUAGAAUGCAACUUGUAAAACCUAAGGAAGAAGAUGUAGGCACUAAACCAAAAACUUUAACUCAAAAGCCAGAAGUGCCUAAAAAAGUGCAAGUAAAUUCAUUCCAAGGGAAGAAUGUAAAGAGUUUAGAGAAUGAUGAAAAACCCUCAACGAGUGUUCCUGUAGUGGGGAAUCAAGUGAAGCAUGAGAAAUCUGAGGAGGAUUUUGCAUUUGAUGAACCGCCUUUUAAAAAGAUUAAGUCAACGACAUGCCCUGAAGGGAAGCCAGUUAAAAAUCUAGGAGGCAACAAAGUAAAAGAAGAAUUUGAAAUGAACUGGGAUAUUGUACAGGCCUUGUCAGAAAUAACAAAUGUUGAACCAUGGGUAUGUGCAAACUUAAUUCGCCUCUUUCGAGAAGAAAACACAAUUCCGUUUAUUGCUCGGUAUCGAAAAGAGCUCAUCAAUAAUCUGGAGGCCGAUGCCUUGCGAGAAGUGCAGCAAACUUUGGAAGAGCUACGUACUGUUGCAAAGAAGACGCAUACAAUGAUACAGAAGUUGAAGAAAGAAGGGAAAUUAUCCGGAUGCCUUUUAACAUCAUUACUGAAUUGCAGAACUUUGGAAGAAUUAGACCAUGUGUCUGCACCUUAUAAAACUGGGAGUAAAGGAACCAAAGCUCAGAGGGCCAAGCAGCUGGGAUUAGAACCUGCUGCUCUAUCUCUCCUGCAGAAUCCUAUGGAACUCAAUCUCAUUUCUUAUAUUAGACCCAAUACCAAAGGACUCUCAUCUAUCCAGGAAGUAGAGGCUGGAGUGCAGCAUAUUUUAGCUGACAUCUUUGCUAAGGAUAAAGAUACACUGGAUUAUAUCAGGAAAUUAUGUCAGCAAAGGUAUAUUUGUAUCCAGUCAGCCUUGGCAAAACUGUCGUCCAAAAGUGGAAAUGAAAAAGAUAUUGAUAAAUUCCAACUGUACCAUGAGUUUUCUUGUAAUAUAAAGAACAUUCAGCAUCAUCAGAUUCUGGCCAUUAACCGAGGGGAAAAUCUGAAGAUCCUGACAGUGAAGGUCAACAUUCCUGACGGGGUGAAGAAUGAAUUCUGUUGGUGGUGUGUCAAUGAAAGAUGGAGACCGAAACAAUUUUUAAAACCAGAUUUAAUGAGGAUACUACGGAAUUCCAUAGAGGAUGCAUAUAAACGCCUUAUCUAUCCUCUGCUUUGUAGAGAAUUCAGAUCAAAGUUGACAUCCGAUGCAGAGAAAGAAUCUGUGAUGAUGUUUGGGAGAAAUCUCCGGCAGUUGCUUCUGACCAGCCCUGUGAGGGGCCGUACUUUGAUGGGAGUAGAUCCUGGCUACAAACAUGGCUGCAAGCUGGCAAUUAUUUCACCAACCAGUCAGAUACUCCAUACUGAUGUCGUUUACUUGCAUUCUGGUCAAGGAUUUCGUGAAGCUGAGAAGAUCAAGAGGCUUCUGCUCCAGUACAACUGUAGCACUGUCGUGAUUGGCAAUGGCACGGCCUGCAGAGAAACAGAAGCUUAUUUUGCUGACCUAAUUAUGAAGAAAUAUUUUGCACCACUGGAUGUUGUUUACUGCAUUGUCAGUGAAGCAGGAGCAUCUAUUUACAGCGUCAGUCCAGAAGCAUCCAAGGAAAUGCCAGACCUAGACCCUAACCUAAGGAGUGCAGUUUCCAUAGCUAGACGUGUCCAAGACCCAUUAGCUGAGCUAGUGAAAAUUGAGCCCAAACACAUAGGAGUUGGAAUGUAUCAGCAUGAUGUGUCACAGACUUUGCUCAAAGCAACUCUGGACAGUGUGGUUGAAGAGUGUGUCAGCUUUGUAGGAGUUGAUAUUAACAUCUGCUCAGAAAUACUAUUAAGACAUAUUGCAGGACUGAAUGCUAACAGAGCUAAAAAUAUAAUUGAAUGGCGAGAGAAGAAUGGACCAUUUAUAAACCGAGAACAGCUCAAGGAAGUUAAAGGUCUGGGUCCCAAAUCCUUCCAACAGUGUGCUGGCUUCAUCAGAUUCAAUCAAGAAUAUAUAAAGACCUUCUGCAGUAGUAAGAAAAGCGGACUUGGAAGUCAUGCACUUCUAACCAAAGCAGGUGCACAGGGUAAAAAGAAGAGCAAACCAACACCAUAUGCCUUGCGACAGCCCAAUCCGUUGGACCAAACUUGCAUUCAUCCAGAGUCUUACAACAUUGCAACACGGUUUUUAUCUUUCAUUGGAGGAAACACAAAUGACAUAGGAACAUCAGAUAUGCAGCAAAAAGUAAAUGCAGUAAUUCAAAAGGAAGGACUGGAAAACACAGCCAAAAGGCUAAAUACAACAGUGCACACGUUGCAGCUGAUCAUUGAUGGUCUGACUCAGCCUGAAGGCUUUGACAUACGAACAGAUUUUGAUAAACCUGACUUCAAGAGAAGCAUAGUCUGCUUUGAAGACUUAAGUGUUGGCACUGUUCUGACUGGAAAAGUUGAAAAUGCGACGCCAUUUGGAGUUUUUGUUGAUAUUGGUGUGGGAAAAGCAGGUUUGAUUCCAGUGCGAAACAUAACAGAAGCAAAACUUUCUAAAGUGAAGAAGAGAAGAAGCCUGGGGUUAGGUCCUGGAGAAAGAGUGGAAGUUAAAGUGCUUAAUGUUGAUAUUCCUCGACUGAGGAUAACAUUAGAUCUUAUUCGUGUUUUAUGAGAGUGUUUUAUGAUUGAGCCUUCAUUUUAAAGGUUAAGUAAUGGCAGCAAGGUUCUUGAGAUUCAGGCAUUUAAUGAAUGCAUUGAAAAUGAACAAAUUUUGAAACCUUCAGCCUUGCUGCUUUUUUUUUUUUUAUCUAACAUUUUUUGUACCUUUUUUGAAUCCUUUUUGUUAAUAAUUGCUGGAACAGUUUAUUGGAUUACCUCCAAGCAACCUUGUUAUUUUGUCUGCAGAGCAAAUGAAAUUCCAGUGGACUGUCAGACAGAUCUUUUAUCAGUUCUGUCUGUACAAGAUUUGCUCUCUCAAUCUUUAGUCAGUACUGCAUGAGCAGACACAUCUACUGUUUCCAUUCAAGAAACAGCCAUUCAGUGUUGCUGUUUUCUGGUUGAGUCUAAAAGAGAGUACCUAGUUGUAGAAAAAAGUGAUCUUUUUAAGUUAGUACGUGAUGGCAUCUCUUCAAAAGUAGACUUUAAAAAGAGCAUCUGCUCAUACUGUUGAUGGUUCAGAAAUAUUUAAUUUAUUUGAGUAGCAUUAUUAGGAGGAGGUCUGUUUACCUGUCUUAUUGCUUGUUCAGUUAUCAUUGAUUAACACGCUUGGAUGUACCUUGCGAUUUAAGGAACUUUGAGCAAAGGUGUCAAAAGACAUUUAUGUUGUUCUAUACUUGUGCAAAAUAAAAACAUUUCUGGCUA